AACACGUAACUCAGAUGUACACUGGUGUUUGGUUGGAGUAGCUGGUGUGUGUGGACCUGUGGAAGUGUGAGUGCUUUGCAUGCACAGUCCAGCUGGAGGGUUUGUGAGAACAGUGAGUGCAGCUACUGGAGUCAUGGUUGCUCGGUUGUUAAUUGCAAGGUUUUUACUGCUUUAUGUUUUGAGUGAUGUGAACUAUUCCUCGGCUUUUCCAAGAGCCACAAGUUCUGUGCAGCCUAGAGCAUGGCAGGGUGGAAGAGGGGAACAAGAUGUGUAUGGAAAUCCUCGCCCUUUCCAGUACAUGAGGGCUCUGAGGCCGACAGAUCCAAUGAUCUACCCUAACGUGCGUGAUCAGGUUCAAGUCGAAUCCCCAACAUCAUAUCUUCCACGCUCUAAUAUUCCUACCCACAGACCCAUGGAAACAUCUCUGCUCCAGCCACGAGCACACAGAAACCAUCUUGUGGCCAAGCCCAGGAGCUUUAACAUAAGCCUGAGGAUUCCUUUUGCUCACACUCGUGAUGGUGCUUAUCGUCCUCGGUACGGACCAAGCGGCCUUAUUAUUGACAACAGUUUUAAUAAUCCCCGCAGAGACCAUGCCCAUGAUCCUUCAAACCUGGGCUACCAGUUCAGCUUAUACGUUCCCUUUUCACGUGGUUCUCCACGCCCCCCAGGUGGCCAGGAACAUCACGGUGGACGUCGACACAGGCCUGAGAAAGAUGAUUUGGGUCGUCAAACGGAGCAUUUGCCAGUUCAUACAAGGCCGUACCCUGACCAGCAUCGUGAGGAUCACGAGCAUCGUGAUGAAGGCCACCUGCAGGAGUUUGCAUUUCCAAAGCCAGAUGGACCAGAACACCCAUCAAGGCUGCGUCAUCCUCAAAGAUAUGUCGACCCUAGUGGCUACUACAACUCCCAGAUGAAUCCUGCGUGGAAUGACUACUGGUGGCAUUACCGUGGACCUCACUGGGGUCAUGUAAAGCAUCAGUCUUCUGACCCUUGGCCAAAUUUCCAUCGGUCAGCUUCAGACUGGCAUGGAUGGAAGAGAUGACCCAAACUCACAGGGCAGAGCUCUGCAGUGCAAGAAGGAUGAUUUCCUUUAUUUAAAAUAAAGUGAAAGCUCUUCUGUAGUUUCUUUUGUCAGGUUGUCUGAAAGAAUAGCUGAACAUUUGGGUUGAGGUUAAUUUUCAAGAGCUAAUGACCAUUCAUGUCUGAGUCUUGUCCUCAUAAGCAAGAAGCAACAAGUCUAUGCCCAAAUGUUAGAAAGCCGGUGAAUCGGAUUUUGACUAAAUAUUUUGGUGAUGUGCAUUUUGAGCCAAGUCCAGUCGUCAGUUUCACUUGAGCUGUAUCUGCACCAUUAAAAGUAUCCCAGACUUUAAACUGAA